GCCUAAAAUUUAGUAUGCGGAGAAAUUUCAAUUAAAAUCAUAAUGAAAUAUUUGGAAAUUCGUUUUUAUCAAAUUUGAGCCGGACUACAAAUUUUGUGAAUUCCUAAUGCUAGAGCACACAAAGACAAUGCUUGGUAAUACAAAAGGGGCUGAGGAACAUCAGAGGAUAUGGAUAUCAGGCCCACAGACAGCCAACCGCAAAAUAAUUUCCCUUAGUGCCCCAAAAACAGAAAGGCUAUUAGUCAGAGAAGGCCUUGCUGCUUGGGGCCAGGCCAUUCAAACAAUAACACCGAAACAUUAAAGUUCAAAAUGAUGACCCGAACAUAAUCGACUUGCCUACAAUAAUAUUUAAAUUUAAUUUAAAUGCUCACAUGAGGGCAUUUAACGGAGUCGAUCCAGAAAACCAACCCGCAAGCAAACAAAUCGAUGAGGAUGUGUCUCAAUCUGCCGGACAAUUUGCAAAACGAUAUGCUUGAAAUGGUCGAAAUGAAAGGUCGUUGGGCAUGCAAAAUGCAAAGGCAACACUUCGUCCUUCGUCCUUGGUCCGGAGUCCUUCAUUCAGUGGGUGGCUGUGUAGGUUAAUGCGAUUGUUGUUUUUGAGGCAGAGGGACUACAACGACGAUAACUUUGAGUCGCCUGCUUAAGAGCACAAAAUGAUUGGAGAGCAGAGGUCCCCCGUCCAGGCUAAUGGCAUUUUACUGCUCCAACUCUGGGUUUUGUCUCUGGUUUUGGUUUUCUGUGUUUAUUUCGAGGGAUUGCCAUUCAAAAUUGGAGCCAAAACGCUCUGCGCACUCGACCCCAAGACGAUGCAGUAAAUGACAUAUAAGCCCCAACCCAGGCUUAUGUGCUUAGAGCGCCUUGAAUUAAUGCGUUGAUAUGAUGAUAUCAUUAUCAAAAUAUCCUGCAGCAACAGGAGCAAGAGCAGCAGGAGCAGCAGCAGAUAUUGCGACUGUAGCGGCAACAAAUAGACAUGGCCAGCCAAAGGAUACGGAGCCGGCCAGAAGAAGGACGAAAAGGAGGAAGAAUGAACAGCGCCUGCCGACCGGGAGCCUUGCAUACGGCAUUCAAUAUGCUGGCGUUGAGCUGGAUUAUAAUCUCAGAGUUAUUGCUCAGUGCUCACUGCCUAAAGGACCUGAAGAUAUUUGUACCGGAGGCCGUAUUAAUGGGAAAUGCAGCGACAUUGUCUUGUCAAUACGAUUUGGAGCAGGCGGCGCUAUACGCGGUACGCUGGUACUUCGGACAGGAGGAGUUCUACCGCUACGUUCCCCGCGAGGCCAAGCCCACAUUUGUCUUCGCCGUCGCCGGCAUUAAUGUUGAUCUCGCCAAUUCGGAUGCCACGUCGGUGACGUUGAAGGGUGUCACCCGGGAGUUGAGCGGCAGCUAUCAGUGCGAAGUUUCCGAGGACGCACCGCUCUUCCACACCGAGAUUCGAUCGGCCUACAUGCAGGUGAUUGAGCUGCCCAAAGACGAUCCGGUGUUGCAGGUGGACAAGAAGGUGAUUGGCGUGAACGACUACUUGAAGGCUGUGUGCACGGUGGGCCCUUCGUAUCCGCCGGCCAACAUCACUUGGAACAUCAACGGAAACCAGAUCCGCAGGACGCCGCUGCAGAGCAUCUCGCAGGACUCCUACGAUGGCUCCACCACGCACUCCGCGCUGGAAAUUCACGCGAACAGCCAGGCGCUGCAAGGCUUCUUCGAGACGAAGUACCAGCACAGCGUGAACCUGCAGUGCGUGGUGACCAUCCGGCACAUGUACCACAAGGUGGUGGCGCAGCGGAUCGGUCUAAAUGCGGCGCCGCCUACUACCAUAUCGCCGAAUCUGCUGGGACUCGAGGGAUCCAAGCGGUAUGCCAACGGAGAUCCGGACAACUCGGCGCUGACAGGCGCCUCACAGCGCUGCUGCAUUUGCUGCGGAUCCUUUGGCGCCGUUUCGCUGGCGAUUUUCACACUGGCCAUGGCGCAUCUGUGACCGCAGCGGACCGCUUAAAUCCGCCAUGGUAAAGGCAAAUGCAUCCGGACAAGUCACCUCCAAGGAUGAAACAACAGCGCGAGCUGUGUAAUUAAAAAAUAACAAAACAGAACGACUGCUUGAUGGCAGAAAAACAGCAAAGGAUAUGCAAAAAUCAAAAGGAAAACAGAAAAAGAAAAUAUAAUGGGAUUGGGAGUGGGGGAAAAGUGUUGGCGACAGCGACCCUGGAUUGUCAACGCCUAGUAGCAUGUCCUUGUAUUUUAUACUUUUUUUUUAUUUGCCUCAUUCGCCAAACAAACAACAACAAAAAACUGGGUCGCAGUCCAUAAGUUCAAAGCGAAGGAUAAUUUUCAAUGCAUUCAUUAAUUUGCGAUGGCUACAUACAAAAUUCUGAUAAUAACAAUACAUUAAACAUAAGUCAGCCGGGGCUGAAUUUCCACACAAGCUCGAACAUAGAUCGAAAAGAAGGUUAAAAUAAUAAUAGUAAAAGUACAGUAAAAAGUAAAUAGCGUAAAUUUAAUACGUAACACACGUAAUUGCAUGUUGUGGAUGAGGGCGUGGUGUUUAACUCUUCGAAAAAAAAACUACAAAACUGCCUGCAGACAACACAGAGUAUAGAAAAAAGAAACGAAUCCAUAAAUUGAAAUAAAUUAACACAUGCACUUGCGAACAACACUUGCAAACCAGUUACAUAACGAAAGAAAACAACAAUUAAUAAGCAUAAGUGACACACAUUUAACUACUAAGUACACCCUACCCUCCAACUACCGCAGCCUAGGCACAUAAGUUAUGUAAAUAAUUACUGUAAAGAACUAAAGAAAAAAACAGUAAAUAAUAAAUUAAUAAUUAUGAAACCCUCACAUGGGCAAACAUUAAUUAAAGCUAGAGCAAAAUGUGUGGAGAAAAAGUUAAAUACAAAACUAAUUAAGUCCAUAUGAAAAAUCAAUGAAAUCGGAAGAGUCAAAUUGGAUAUUGGCCAAAUUCAGUUUAAUUGGAUUUGUUUUCAUUUCAAUUGUGGCUUAUUUGCGGUAUUAUUUUGUCCAUUUUCUGUUGAAAGUUUAGUUUCCGUCGAACGGUUUGUGCUAGCAGCAUAAGAUGGACUUUGUUUUAGACUAAAUUUACAUAACUAAAUGCAACGUAUAUAUAUUUAACGAGUAAUGAUUGCCGUGGAUAGGUAAUUUAGUGGGUAUGUGUUAGUUGAAAGAUGUUAAGAGUGCAUUCUGCGGAACGCACUGAAAGUAAAUCCAAACUCCUUGGCCAAAGGACUAUUUUUAGAUGUUGAUGCGCAGCGCAAACUCACACAAAAAUUCAGGUUGCGUUUGAUUAUGAAUCGUGUUCUGCAUAAUCGUAUUUCUGAGCUAAGAAACGAACAUUUUUGGAAGAACUUCCAAUUACAGUGUAAGCCCAAAAAGCAAGUUAAUGUAAAUCAAAUGAAAAGAAAGGGAAACCAAAAUUAUUUUAGCGAGUUAUGGCAGGUCGAAAUAAGUGAAACCCAAACUAAACUUAACUAAACUGAAACGCAAACUAAUAAUAAAAUGUAAAAUCAAACUUAAAUACAGGAAAACGAGAAAAUAACACAAGCCCAUGAAACGUGUCGAGCAAACGAGUCAACGGGAGGAAAUUAUAUAUUAAAUAUGCAUAAUUAUGAAUAAUUUAAUGCGAGUUAAGCAAAGGCAAAAAGGUCAAACGAAAUCAAACCACACAAAAACCAACAAAAGUGCACGCCGAUGUGGGCGUGGAAUUUAGCUCAAAAUUAAAUGCGAUAAAGGCAAGAAUUAUAUGACGAAAUAAAUAAAUAAUACAAAAUGUA